ACAUUCAUUGUUCCUUGAAGACAACGCCUUGUGGUCAACGUGGUCUGUGCUGAAGAGAUGCCUCUUCUUCUGUAACAUCACCUCUGUUUGGUGUUUUUAUCUGUCCUAAAGCCAAGGUCAAGCAGCGAUCUGCAGCCAGCUCCAAAUAAUCAAGAGUUUUGACUGUUGUUAAGUUUCAUAACAUAAAAAUUAGACCUUGGAAAGUAAUGGAAUGCACAGAAGAUCUCUGGGAAAAUUUAUACACCUGCAUAGUAUUCCAGAGACCAUCUGUGACUGCUUUCAAGAUAGUUUCACUUAAUGAGGUUAUGGGAGAGAAGGAGCCAUGUCAGAAGAAGCUGUUACUGAGGCACGAUUUUCUCUGAAGACGGUAGCUUUGCGAGUAUUUCAUUUUCCACUUUCUUGGUAUUAUUCUCUUAACCAGAUAAAGCUUUCUCCUGGGUUAAAGAAGCUUUUCACAGUAACAGCAGUGAGUGCAAUAUCUGUUAUUUUUCUGGCUCAUCAUUUUAAAAGAAGACGUGGAAAGAAAACCAAGAACAUACCACCAUGGGAACCAAGUCAUCUGGUAUUAGAGUGUACCAAAGCAGCUGCGUCAGAAAAAGGUUCCAGUUGUUCCAGUAGUCGGCAAAACUUGACUCUUUCUCUGAGCUCUGCCAAGGAGAAAGGAUCUCAGUCUUGUAUCUGUGCAAAUGGAGGACUCUUCAGUAAAUACUCUGGUUCAGUCCAGAGUCUGGCCUCAGUUCAGAGUGCCACCUCUUGCCACAGUUGUGCAUGUGCCAAUUCUAAUUCCUGGGAUAAAGCAGAUGAAGAUGAUAUUAAGCUUGUCAAUAUUCCAGUGACCACACCUGAAAAUUUAUAUCUGAUGGGUAUGGAGCUUUUUGAAGAAGCACUGCGCCGAUGGGAGCAGGCACUAACCUUCCGUAACAGGCAAGUUGAAGAUGAAGCAAGCUGUGGUUCCAUUAAGCUGGGAGCGGGUGAUGCAAUUGCAGAAGAAAGUGUAGAAGAUAUCAUUAGUGCUGAAUUCAUUCAUAAGCUUGAAUGCCUUCUUCAAAGAGCUUAUCGCCUUCAGGAGGAGUUUGAGGCCACCCUUGGGGUCUCUGAUCCUGCCGCUCUAGCUAAUGAUAUUGAUAAAAAUACAGACAUCACCGUAAAGGAUAAUACGGAUGAUUUCUGCCUUCGAGAUACAUUAAGCAUUGCAUCAACGGACUCCUUUGUUUCCACAGCUGAGCUUACAGAGCACAGGGAGAUUCGGAAUCCGUUUGGUCUGGGUUCCCUUUGCCAUUGUCCCUUGUAUGAAGAAGCUAUGCACUUGGCAGAAGAAGGCAAAAUCUAUUCGCGAGUGUUAAGGACUGAAAUGUUUGAAUGUCUAGGAGACAGUGACUUCCUUGCCAAGCUUCACUGUAUUCGACAAGCUUUUCAGGUAAUUCUUUCAGAAACAGCAAACAGAGUAUUUCUUGCUGAAAGUGGAAGAAAAAUUUUGUCUGCUUUAAUUGUGAGAGCACGAAAGAACCCAAAGAAAUUUGAAGAUGUAUUUGAUGAAAUGAUUUAUUUUUUGGAACAAACAGAUCACUGGGACAAUACUGAAAUGGAACUUGCUGCUAGAGGAGUGAAAAACCUGAAUUUUUAUGAUGUUGUUCUGGACUUCAUACUCAUGGAUUCCUUUGAAGAUUUAGAAAAUCCACCAAUAUCUAUACAGAAUGUAGUAAAUAACCGCUGGCUAAAUUCAUCUUUCAAAGAAACAGCUGUGGCUUCAAGCUGUUGGUCAGUCCUGAAGCAGAAAAGACAGCAAAUGAAGGUGCCUGAUGGAUUUUUUGCACAUUUCUAUGCCAUAUGUGAACAUAUCAGCCCUGUCUUGGCGUGGGGCUUUUUGGGCCCUAGAAAUUCCCUUUACGACCUCUGCUGCUUCUUCAAGGAUCAAGUGCUUUUUUUCCUCAAAGACAUUUUUGAUUUUGAAAAAGUGAGAUACUCAUCUAUGGAGAGUUUGGCUGAAGACCUUAUGCAAUUAUUAAUCCGACACACUGAACUUUUAAUGGCUUAUCUUGGAGCAGAUUCACUGAGACACGUCAGUGCUUGCGUAAGUGGUCGUGGCCAUGUCAUGACCAGUGGGCUCUUGGAAGCAGAAGUACAAUAAGCUUAAAAACCAUGACAAAUGAAACGGAAUGCACUUUGACAUGCUCCUUCCCACCUUUCUCUCUAACCCCAAAGCUGUCGUUGCUGUUAUUGAGCAAGCAUUUGAAAACCUAUCAUGUCGCUAAGUGUGGAAAAGGACUCAGGGAGGUUAAACGUACAUCUGUGAAAAGAACUGGUGAGCAAAUUAUUGUAUAUACCUAAAUUAAAUUCGCAGCGCAGCUGUCACUGUAUUUAUACUUAAUGUAUCCCAAAGCUUUUUUUCUGUAAUAUUUGGGUAAAGUUUAUUUAUGAAAUGCCAUACUUUUGCACAGAUAAUUUGUAAGUGAAGCUGAUGGAGUCGUUUCCUUUCAAGGCUUGUGGUACAAAAUGUUCAUUACGGAGUCUCCAGAUCACUUUGUGUCUAGGUCUAGAAGGUGUUUCAACUGGAAUAUACGUGGUCUCUGAUUCAUGUGAUGUGCAAUAGAGUAAUCACACUCACGACAUUGAACUGAAAUUACAUUCGUGUGAGUAUAAGCAGUCAUUUUGUACUACAGUGUAAUAGAGCGACGCAGGAAAUGCAGGUGCUGUUUGGGCAGGAAUGACUUCCAGUACAUGUUUUUUACUUUAUUUUGUUUUAAAAUAUCUAAACAUCGUGAAGGUGUUUGAGAGCACUUGUUUAUAUUCAAAAAGCUAUGCUAGCUUCAUGAAUUAAUUUAAACCUUUUCCUUUUUCUAAAACUGUUACUUCUUUAUAUGGUGGUGGUGAGUUAAUACCAUUCUCCAUUUAUAUGUAGCAUUUCAAAAUAUAUUUUUAAAUAAGGAUGUUUGAGAUUUGUUAAUCGUGAAACAGAAUCAAUGGCAGUGUUUUAUAAUCAAAAGCAUUUCUGUCUUCCUCCCUUCCUUGUAUGAAGUGAGGUGUCUAUUUAAGAGAAAAUAUAAGCAAUUGUGGCCAUCUAUGUGCAAUGCAAAACUGUGGCUCAGGAUAGGAUGAGGGGGAAUGGCAUUAAAUUGGAAGAGGGAAGAUUUAGGUUAGACAUCACGAAGAAAUUCUUCACAAUGAGGGUGGUGAGACACUGGCACAGGUUGUCCAGAGAAGCUGUGGCUGCCCCAUCCCUGGAGGUGUUCAAGGCCAGGCUGGAUGGGGUUUGGGCAACCUGAUCCAGUGGGAGGUGUUCCUGCCCAUGGCAGGGGCAUUGAAGCUGGAUGAUCUUUGGAGUCCCAAAGUUUGUCCCAAAGUUUGUCAACCCAAACCAUUCUGUGAUUCUGUAUGGAACCUUGAUAGGAGCACAGCACAGUAAGGAGGCAUGAGGGAGCUUGCAGUAACAUUUUAUUCCUUUGCUGGAGGUAAUAAUUCAUGAUGAUCUAUAACAUUUGAAUUUCUGUAAAAUGAAACAAUGUUUCAUAGUUAACUUAAGCUCUUAAAUUGCCCUUAUGUAUGUUUUGCCACACAAAGCCAGCCCACAAGAAUCUACCCUGUGUGGAGUAAUGGAGAGUAAGUACUUACAGAGUAAUUCUAAAUAUUCAGGUACUUGAGAAGCAUGUUGUUAAAAUCUGGCAUAUUGAAGCAAACUUUGAUUAGAAAUAUUUCAACCCAAAAUGCUGAAAUUUAAAAAGGAGGGCCUCUGUAAUUCCAUAGAUUUUACUAAAGCCAAUGUUUUGCUCCUUUGCUGUGCUCAUUUGAUAACUAUAAAAAUGAUGCAAAUGUCGUAUGACUUGCGUGAAGUACUGAGCGAUUCUAGUUUAUAUAUAUAUAUGAAAAAAUAUACUUCAAUGUGUAAUAAAACAGAAAUUCCAAAUGCUGCUGUUGGCCUGUUUCCACUGUUCAAGUUGCUGAACUUGGCACCGUGCUCCAUGCUCUGAUUUUUUUUUUUUUUCAAAAAAUAUGUCUUCAAUACCAGAAUGUGAAGUUUGACCCGUCUCACUUUAAACGUACUUAUCUCCCCCCAUUAUACCACUCAGAAGUGUAUUUUGGCAGCUUUUCACAAGGCUAUGAAUGAAAUCAUAUGGAAUAGUAAGGUGUCUCAUUGGGCUCGGAAUCAAGAGGAACAGCUGGAAGUAGAAGUAACAGGGUAAAAGGCACGUUCCACAGCACGUGUCCUACCUGGGGGUUGCAGUGUGUCUGCUGUGCUUCAUAUGAUCUGAUAAAAUGGUACAAAGAGAAUGUCACCUUAACAUUCGUAAGAGAAAAGCACUUUUUCACAGAAGUAAAUACACAUUAAGUGAACAAUUUUCAUAUUAUCUAUAAUAUCCCCUUGGCUGAAGUGCAGCAGUGUUGCCUGUGACAUAUGAAUGUUUCCAGAUAAUUUAGAAGUCAAUCUUCUGUCAAAACAGAAAGGACUUUUUAAACAGAAGAAUGGAAAACAUCCAAUAAAGCACUAAAAUGUUUAGAAAAUGGGUAAGAAACUGAUAAUAUCUGGCGUAAACAAAUGUGUCCCUUUAACUCAGAAGCACUUUCACGCACUCACAUAGCUCUCAGAAGUCUAUAGAGGUGGUUAGAAAUUGGACAGCAGUAUUUCCCAUCCAAAAUAAGAAUUAGAGUAUCUGGUUGCUGUAGGAUACCACCACCAAAUAUUUGAUUUGGAAACAAUUGAGAAAGAAAGAGAGAGAGAGAGAAAGAGG